AUGCUCGCCGUCUACCUUAUGCUCUUUCUCCUCGCUUUCUCCGUAGCGAAGGAUGCGACACAUAGCCAUGACACAAACGAAAAACUGUCAGUCGAGUCACGUGGUGAUAACUCUCCAGAAUCGCAUGACUCGCAGGAGCGCCCAAAUAGCAGAAGAGUUGACACGCCCAGUCCUCGCCAGAAAUGA